AUGGAGGAAUCUAUGAAAAAACCUCCUCCCCUGCCCUCUCACUGUGAUUCUCCACUUACCCUCAAUAACGCCAGAAAAGCAUUACUCAAACCUGCCCCUGGUCAACAUGUGAAUCCCCGGAAUCCAUGCAGAAGAGAAUAUUUGGAAAUGAAAAGAUUAGCAAAUCUCAGAUCACCGGAGACCUUUGAACUGUCUAGAUUUCAAUAUUACUUAUUAAACCAAUUUAAUCCGUCGAGUCAUGGGCCUGAAUUGACAGAAUAUAGACAAUGUCAUAAUGUCGCAUAUGAGUUAUUCAAUCUUCAAGUACAAACAACAUUAACCAAUUAUGGGGUUGAUAGCAUUCAAAUCCCUCAAGAUCUUUUACUUUCUGAUAAACGUUUGCAGACACUUUUUCUUAGGAAGGCGUUCUUAGCGGAGGCUGUUGUGAUGAGUACCUCCACCUCAGUGUCUGAAGGAACAUGGUGGAAAAGAUCCGGAGAUCUUAUAUAUUAUCAACAAAGAGGACUUAUUAUGAUAUGUGGUAGAAAUCUCUUUAUAAUACAAACUGAGCAGCUCUCAGCCUUAACAUCUCGAGGUCAUCUUACCAUCCUUUCUGACCUUGCAGCUCAAAGAUUUAGCCUGUGGAUGCAAAGUAUACCGUCUAUCUUUACAGACAAUUCGGACUGCCCAACACCUCAUGAAUUGGCAGAAUUUCUAAAAAUAGGGGAUGCAAUGCUAGCCCAGGGUGGAAAUGAAGCAUAUGAUCUUGUAUACACCCUUGAAUCAAGCUGUGUAUCAAGACUAGCAGGAAAUUACGGGGGAGGUUCAUGGGAAUCUUCCAGAUUCCGAAAGAAGAUUGAUGCAGAACAAAAAUUGUCAGCUUAUAAACUGGGAUUGACACGUCUGUUGGCCAAGAGAGAGCAAUUAUUAACUUCUGUUUUGAAUCGAAAUGUACAGGCCCUAGCUCAACUCUAUGGACUAUACAGAAUAUGGGGCCAUCCUACCUUGGAGCCAUUAAGAGGGGUGAUUGCAUUGAAAUCCAAGGGCUUGACCCCUCGAAGAAGUUUAAGUGACCAAGUUGAGAAUGUUACCAAUCAUUUCAAGGAAGAAUUUAUCAUACGUUAUAUCAACCAUCAUCAUGAAUGGCCAACAUUAGAUGUUUCUGAACUUUCUAAAUUUAAUGUGAUUCGAGUGCAUUAUGAAAAGAAACUCCAAUAUCCAAAAAAAGUUCCUGGUUAUAAAAAGAGUCAUCUCUCCCUGGUCACAUUUGGAAAAAUCUUCCCUGUCAACCCAAAGUUUGAUCUUAUAGAAUUUAUUGAUGACAAAGCUAUAUCAUUAGGAAUAGUAGAGUUAUUACAGGAAAUUACUCACAAUAGAAGUAUAGGCUCUUCUAUAACCAGAUCGUUGCUCUUAGCCUUUUUGAAAUCUGACAUUUCCGACCCGGAGAUGUUCUUGAGAAAAGUUGAUCUUGAAGGGUUCCCACCAGUAGAAAUUUGUGUAGGUGUACACGAGAAAGAACGAGAGGGAAAACUUAAGGCAAGAUUAUUUGGUCUUUUAACCUUGAUCAAACGAUCAUAUGUGGUGCUAACCGAGAAAUUAAUUGCUGAUCACCUUUUCCCAUAUUUCCCGAGAUAA